AAAAACCCCAAUUUUGCGAAAUCCAAUUUUACACCCAGAAACCCUAAUUCUUCUUACUUUGAUUUGAUUUGGUGUUGGGAACAAUGGACGAUUAUACAAGAGAGAUGAUGGAUCUCAAGACUUUGGUCACUCGAACCCUAGAGAAGAAAGGUGUUCUCGCUAAGAUCCGGGCUGAGCUCCGUGCAAGUGUGUUUGAGGCAAUUGAAGAUGAGGAUAGAGUCAUAGAGAACAAUGAAGGACUCCCUCCAGCUUUGUUGGGAAGCUGCAAUGAGCGUGCAAGGAAGCUUCAUGCUUCUCCUUCAGGCAGGUUACUAUCUGCGUUGAUUUGUGAAUACUUGGACUGGGCACAACUUAAUCACACGCUCAAAGUUUAUCAACCUGAAAGCAAUUUGCCAAAAGAUUCGUGGAAGUCUGAGUUACGCGACUUUAAUAGCAACAAUGGUUUUGAGCUCAACAGAAAUGGAGAUAGUGGACCUCUUCUUCUCGAUGUUCUUGAAGGAUUCUUGAAAUUUGAGAGCAUGACGCAGGGCAUGGGUGGUAGUUCAAGGAGAGAUUCAGAAACAGAGUCGUCAUCAAGCCUUGAGUCCAGAAAUCCUCCUCGCAGAUCAUCUGCUUCUGAUAGCUUACCUCCUCAACGAAGGCCGGUUUCUGCAUCUCAAGCAUCGGAUAGAAGAGCCGGGUUGUCUACAUCUGGGUACAGAAAAGAUGAAUUCAAUUGGAGACAAGGUAACCAAGAUGCAAAUGAAGAGGUAACAAGAGCUUCGGCGGCGCUGGAAAAUCUUCAGCUUGAUAGGAAAACUCGGAACUUAACAUCGUCUUGGAGGAAUGUGAGGGAUGGAACAAAUGAAGAAGAAGGGAGGGAUUGAUUUAGGCCUUUGGAUAAAAAAAAAUCAGCAUCUGGAUUAGUAGUAAUGGUUUGUGUACGUGAUAUAUGUAUGUUUCUCCUUAUAUUUGCAACUGCGUUUUCAAUUAGCCUUUUUUUAACGCACGAACCUCUGUCUCUCCUUAAGAACAAAAAAUAUUAAACAGUUAAUGUUUUC